UGAACGGUUUCAAUGAAUAUUGAACAUGUCCAAUCUCAUAGCAACAAAAAUAGUUGUUGCGGUGUUGUUUGGCAUCAUCAGAUUUUUCGCUGGCAUAUUACCGAUCAAGCUUCACAGUUGUCUGAAAAAAUGGGAAGGAGGAGAAGAUGGUGUUAAUUUCAUCAACGAAAGAAGACAUGCACAAGUACUCUGUUUGAUGGCAUGCUGUCAAUCAUUCGGUGGCGGGGUAUUAUUCGCUACUUGCUUUCUUCAUAUGAUGCCGGAAGUUUAUUUCUCAGUGGAAGAAUUGAAGAGGUUUGGACAUUUGAACACAAAGUAUCCGAUGAGUCAACUGACGAUAUCGUUCGGUUUCUUCUUGAUAUAUUUUUUGGAGGAAAUUUCACAUUGGUUCAUCAGCAAGGUGCCAGCAGAACCAGUCAGAAAAGCAGAGCAAUUGAAUAAGGUUACUCCAGUUAAGAAUGGGAUUAACAAAUCUGCUUUCACCACUCCCCAGAAAACAAACUAUUACGAUGAGGACCUGGCUGUUAUUCCUUACACUAGCUCCCCUUUUAUGGAGAAACUCCCAACAAAAGAUACCCCUGUAUCCUCAGCAACAUCAAGGAGGAGUAUACGUAUGAGAGUAAUUGAAGAUGUAGAUGAUGUGCAGGAAACUAAGGAACUAGAGGAAGUUUUGAAUAAUGUGGGACCAAAGUCGCAACAGCAAAUCAUCAGAUGUAUUUUAGUCGAACUGGCUCUCUCCCUUCAUGCAAUUUUCGAGGGAUUGGCUAUUGGCCUCCAAUCUUCAGUCGGAAAUAUUUGGUAUCUCUUCACAGCCGUUUCGAUCCAUUCCGCAACUAUCCUUUUUUGUAUCGGUGUUGAAUUAGUUUUGGCGAAGACGAAGAAAGGUGUUAUGGUGUUCCAUUUUUUCAUACUCGCUGUUGCUAGUCCAUUUGGAGUGCUGUUGGGUCUGCUAAUUACUUUGAAAUCGGAUAUGGACACAGAGAUCAAAUCUGUUGCUAUAGUUUUACUGGAAGGUUUAUCAGCAGGUACAAUACUGUACAUUACAUUCUUCGAAGUUUUGAAUAGAGAGAAGGAAAGAAGAGUUUAUAGAUUAAGAAGAGCGGUUUUUAUUCUGAGUGGUUUCGUUUUGAUGGCGUUAUUAAAAUGUGGUGAAACAUAUUUGUGAAAUUUAUAGGUGUUGUUAUGUGAUGAAAUUAGAUUAGCAGAAAUUGUGAUUUUUGUAGAUAGGUGAAUAUUUUCAAUUACCUUUAUAUGGAUCGAAGUUAUUUUUCUAAAUUAAGUGUACAAAUGGGGUAUGACCUUUU